AUGACCAGGACCAGGAUUUUCCUCCUCCUGUUGAUGGCCCUGGCUUCCUCUUUCUGCUUCAACUUGGACAUAGACCAGCCAACAACCUUCCAUGUGAACAGCGCUGGGUUUGGAUACAGCGUGGUCCAGUAUGCCAACUGGCUGGUGGUUGGAGCCCCCCAGGAGAUAAAGGCUGCCAAUCAAACAGGCGGCCUCUACCAGUGUGACUACAGCAUGGGCAAGUGUGAACCCAUCCUCCUGCCGGUGCCUCCAGAGGCUGUGAACAUGUCCCUGGGCCUGUCCAUGGUGGCCACCACCAGCCCCUUUCGGCUGCUGGCCUGUGGCCCCACCGUGCACCAUGCAUGCAGGGAGAACAUGCACUUGACCGGGUUUUGCUUCCUGUUGGCCUCCCCGUCCUGGCAGGCCCAGAGGAUCCCGGCUGCCCUGCAGGAGUGCCCGAGGCAGGAGCAGGACAUUGCCUUCCUGAUCGAUGGUUCAGGCAGCAUCUCCUCCACCGAUUUUGCCAAAAUGCUGAACUUCGUGAAGGCUAUGAUGAGGCAGUUCCAGAGUCCCAGCUCCCAGUUCUCCCUGGUGCAGUUCUCCCACAAGUUCCGGGUGCACUUCACUUUCAAAGCCUUCGCAGCCAGCUCAAACCCACUAAGCCUGCUGAACUCCGUACAGAAGCUGAGUGGGUACACGUACACGGCCACAGCCAUCAGGAUGGUCACAGAACAGCUGUUCAGUGCCUUAUAUGGGGCCCGAAAAGAUGCCUCCAAAAUCCUCAUCGUCAUCACUGACGGGCAGAAACAAUAUGACCCUCUGGAUUACAAGGAUGUCAUUCCCAGUGCUGAGGCUGCUGGCAUCAUCCGCUAUGCAAUUGGGGUGGGAUUGGCUUUUCAAAAUACACAUUCCUGGCAAGAAUUAAAGGACAUCGCAUCGAAGCCCUCCCAUGAACAUAUAUUUAAAGUGGAGAACUUUGAUGCUUUGAGAGACAUUCAAAACCAACUGAAAGAGAAGAUCUUUGCCAUUGAGGGUACGCAGACCAUAAGCAGCAGUUCCUUCGAACUGGAGAUGUCCCAGGAGGGCUUCAGUGCUGUGUUCAUGCCUGAUGGACCAGUUCUGGGGGCUGUGGGGAGCUUCAGCUGGUCUGGAGGUGCCUUCCUGUACCCCCCAAAUAGGAGCCCCACCUUCAUCAACAUGUCUCAGGAGCACGCGGACAUGAGGGACUCUUACCUGGGUUACUCCACAGAGCUGGCCGUUUGGAAGGGGGUACACAGCCUGGUCCUGGGGGCCCCCCGCCAUCAGCACACCGGGAAGGUUGUCAUCUUCACCCAGGUGUCCGGGCAAUGGAGGCCGAAGGCUGAAGUCACAGGGACCCAGAUCGGCUCCUACUUCGGGGCCUCCCUCAGCUCCGUGGAUGUGGACAGAGAUGGCAGCUCCGACCUGGUCCUCAUCGGGGCCCCCCAUUACUAUGAGCAGAGCCGAGGGGGGCAGGUGUCCGUGUGCCCCUUGCCUCAAGCGAGGGCUAAGUGGCAGUGUGGUGCUGUCCUGCGAGGGGAGCAAGGCCACCUCUGGGCCCGCUUUGGGGCAGCUCUGACGGUGCUGGGGGAUGUGAACGGGGACAGGCUGAGGGACGUGGCCAUCGGGGCCCCGGGAGAGCAGGAGAACCGGGGUGCUGUCUACCUGUUUCACGGAACCUCGGGACUGGGCAUCAGCCCCGCCCACAGCCAGCGGAUCACAGGCGCCCAGUUCUCCCCCGGCCUCCAGUAUUUCGGGCAGUCGCUGAGCGGGGGUCAGGACCUCACCAUGGAUGGACUGGUGGACUUGGCUGUGGGGGCCUGGGGGCACGCGCUGCUGCUCAGGACCAGACCUGUGCUUAGGGUGUGGGCAAACCUCCGCAUCACACCUCCAGAGAUCACCAGGUCUGUGUAUGAGUGCCACCAGCAGCUGGCCUUUGCCCAGUCUCUGGGUGAGGCCAUUGUCUGCCUUCGUGUUUCUCAAAGUCCCAAGAACCGGCUGGCUAACCUCCAAAGCGUUGUGACCUUUGACCUAACCCUUGACCCUGGCCGCCUGAGUCCUCGUGCUGUCUUCGAGGAGACAAGGACUCGGAAUCUGACUCGUGUUCGAGACCUGGGUCUGACACAGCACUGCGAGCCUGUGAGGUUGCUCCUGCCGGCCUGUGUGGAGGACUCGGUGACCCCCAUCAUCUUGCGUCUCAACUUCUCCCUAGUGGGCAAGCCUGUCUCUGGCUUUGGAAACCUCCAGCCUAUGCUGGCAGUGGAUGCCCAGAGAUACUUCAUGACCUCUCUCCCCUUUGAGAAGAACUGUGGUGCCGAUCACGUCUGCCAGGACGACCUCAGCAUCUCCUUUGGAGUCUCAGGCUUGAAGACCCUGAUUGUGGGGAGUAACCUGGAGAUGAACUUGGAAGUGAGAGUGUGGAAUGAUGGCGAGGACUCCUAUGGAACCACAGUCACCUUCUUCUACCCGCUGGGGCUAUCUUAUCGACGUGUGGCAGGGGGCCAGCUGCAGUCACGUUCCCUGCGCCUGACCUGUGACAGUGCCCCCACCAGGAGCCAGGGCACCCUCAGCACCCGCUGUAGCAUCAACCACCUAAUCUUCCGUGAGGGCGCCCAGAUGACCUUCACGGCAACCUUUGAUGUCUCCCCCACGGCCAUGCUGGGAGACCGGCUGCUUCUUGCAGCCAAUGUGAGCAGUGAGAAUAACACCCCCAAGACGAGCAAGACCACCUUCCGGCUGGAGCUCCCGGUGAAGUACGCUGUCUACACCGUGAUCAGCAGCCAUGAACAAUCCACCAAGUACCUCAACUUCUCGGCCUCCGAGGAGGAGGAAAGCAGCGGGGCUCAGCACAGAUACCAGGUGAACAACCUGGGGCAGAGGGACCUGCCUGUCAGCAUUGACUUCUCAGUGCCCGUGGAGCUGAACCGGUUGGCCGUGUGGAAGGAUGUGGAGGUCCUCCACCCUCAGAACCCAUCCAUUCAGUGCUCUUCAGAGACAACAGUGCCCACAGAGUCCGACUUCCUGACCCACUUUCAGAAGAAGCCUGUCCUGGACUGCUCCAUUGCUGACUGCCUGAGGUUCCGCUGUGACAUCCCCUCCUUCGGCGUCCAGGAGGAACUUGACUUCAUCCUGAAAGGCAAUCUCAACUUCAGCUGGGUCAGCCAGACACUGCAGAAGAAGGUGUUGGUUGUGAGUGUAGCUGAGAUCACGUUCAACAGAUCCGUGUAUUCCCAGCUUCCAGGACAGGAGGCAUUUUUGAGAGCCCAGAUGGAGCUGGUGCUGGAGAAGUAUGAGGUCUAUAACCCCACCCCCAUUAUUGUGGGCAGCUCUGUGGGAGGACUGCUGCUGCUGGCUCUCAUCACAGCCAUACUGUACAAGGUUGGCUUCUUCAAACGUCAGUACAAGGAAAUGAUGGAGGGAGAAAAUGGACAGACUGCGCCAGAAAAUGGGACAGGAGACCCACAAGUUGCCCAGUAAGAAACUACCUCCUGCUCUCCUUUGGACCUGCUCUCCCCUGAGAGGUUCCCUGGCCUUCUUACUUUCACCCAAGUCAGGCCUGAUGGGGAAGAACAUUCCACCUGAGG